AUGGGAGCCCUUCUCUCCGUCUACGGCGAUGGACGGACGGAGCACGGCGAUGGUCUCGCGGCUCUGGCACCGGCGUCGGGCGUCGCGCUUGUGGCCGGCGGCGCGCCAGGCGGUGGGCGGUGGCCGGGUGAGCUGCGCCCGCGCUCGCGGCGGGAGGCGCGCCGAGCGGCGGGUGGCGGGCGAUGGUUGGGCAGCGCGCGGCGAGGACGGGCGGGCGAGCGGACUGGCGCAGCUCCGGCGGGCGCGGCGGGCAGCGCCAGCCGAGCAACGACGCCCGAGGGAGCUGCGGCCUCGCUCGCGGCGGACGACGGAACCGCACGCGCGUCGGGCGGCGCGCUCGUGGCCGGCGGCGCGCCGGGCGACGGGCGGGGGCCGAGCAGUGGCAGGCGGGUGAGCUGCGGCCGUGCUCGCGGCGGGCGUCGCGCUCGCGUCGGGAGGUGCGCCGGGCGGCGGGCGAUGGUCGGGCAGCGCGCUGCGAGGACAGGUGGGCGAGCAGACUGGCGCAGCUCCGGCGGACGCGGUGGGCAACGGCGGCCGGAUGAGCUGCGGCCGCGCUCGCGGCGGGGGACGGAGCCGCACGCGUGGUGA